CUUGUGUGAUUUUUUAACAUUUGACAGUAGGUGGUCGAUUAUUUUAUCAUAAUUUGUUCUUGGAUUUUAAUGAAAUAAGCGAACACAAUGGUUUGUAAACUGUGUGGCCCUAAAUUGUCGCUUUGCGGCUUAGUUUUGAGUGUGUGGGGAGUUAUUCAACUCACGUUAAUGGGCGUAUUUUACCAUUUCAAAGCUGUUGCCCUUUUAGAAGAUCUUCCACUCGAGGAAAGUGCUGCUGGUGAAGAAGAAACACUCGAAACUUUCAUUGCAAAUGUUGAACAUGGAUAUAUGCAGAAUGCCCUCAACUGCUGGAUUGCUGCCUUGUUAUACUUUGUCACACUUGUUGUAUCUGGCCACCAGUUUUGGAUGAAUAAUCGCUCAUCUGUAAGCAUGUAAAGUGCUGCUGUAUAUCUGUAUAGUUCCAUUCCAUUUCUGUUAUUUGGUCAGAAAAGUAGACUAUCUACCAAAAACAAUGUUAUCUUAUGUAUGUGCGAACUACUUUUCUGUCUGAAUCUAUUUAUUGUAUAUUGCUUAUUUGAACAAUAAUAAUUUAAAUAAAUAAUAAAAAAAAUGUUUAGUAAGUUUAAUUUAGAUAUAAAGACAGGUCAGAACUUAAAUUAUUUUUACCAGUAGGUAUUGCUAUCUUAAAAAUAAUUGUCAGGUACACAAAAAUGAUACUAUGAGGUUAGAAUGCAAUUAUAAAAAUAUCAUGUCUCAAGUUCUGUUAAAAGUAUUAUAUUUGUGAAUGAUUGCUAUAUGUUGUUGUACAUAAAAUAAAUAAUUGUAGAAACUAUGUAAAAUCAUGCUGAUUUUCUGGAAAUAAAGGUAUUAAUGUUA